AUGUUUUUUUUUCUGUCUGUCCCAUCUCUCGCGCUUGUCUCUUUAUUUCUCAUCGCCUCAUUAUUAAUCAUUUCUUCGUUUAUUUUUUUCUUAUUCUAUCUCUUCUUUCUCCAUUUUGUUUUGUUUUCUUUUUAUCUUACCAUUCUUUUUAUGUUGUCAUUUUUCUUUCUAAUCGUUUCUCUCUUCUGUUCCUCGUCUUGCUUACCAAACAUUUCAUUCACUUUUUCUCAUUUUUUUUAUUUCCUUUUACAAUUAAAUUUUCUUUCCCUUUCACUUCUUUCUUACGAGACCACUUCACAUCUAUUUCUUUUCUUUCUCUUCUUUCUUACACAUUUUCCCGUGCAUGUAUCAUUAUUUCCCUCUCUUUCUUUCUUUCUUUUUCUUUCUUUCUUUCUUUCUUUCUUUCUUUCUUUCUUUCUUUCUUUCUUUCUUUCUUUCUUUCUUUCUGCUAGUUUAUCAUUUUUCUACCUCCUCUUCUUUUCUUUCUUGCCCUUUCUCUUUAUUUUCAUCUUCCCCGUCUCUCAGCAAGCUUCUUUAUUUCAUUUCUUUCUCAUCAGUAAAAAGGGCUUUCAUUAUCCGAGUUUUUAUAGCUUUCUCCUUUCACGAAGCUGCGUUUCUCUGCUUUCUUCACCCCCAUUCCCUAACCUCCCUCCUAUUCUGUUUUCCUUCUUUUUUUUCCUUUCUCCCUUCUUUCACCUGGUGUCUCGCUAUCUCUAUCGACUUCUAUAUUUUUCUUUUAUCAUGUUUCCUUCUUUUUCUCUUUCUGUCACUUUUUUCUUUCUAUUUCUUCACCAUUUACCAUUUAUCUUGAUGUUAUCGUUCAUUUCAUUUGGACACAAUUUCCUCUGUUAUAACAUUCUCUACGUCAUUUUCUUGAUUCCUCCAUUUUUUUUUUUUUUUUUUUUGGUUGCUACUUUCAAUUUGAUACGAAAUUUUACGCUUCCUUUCCUCUUUAUCGACUUCUUUUUUUUUCUUCUUCUUCUUCUUCUUCUUCUUCUUCUUUACAUUGAUUUUCACUUUUCUUCCCAUCCUUUGACUCGUCUUCGCCUUGCCUCAUUUCUUUCUUUCUUUCUUUCUUUCUUUCUUUCUUUCUUUCUUUCUUUCUUUCUUUCUUUGCUUGUUUGCCUGCUUUCUUUUCAUUCGUAUUUUUUUAUUUCAUUAGCACCGACACAUUUUUAA